AUGGCUAAUUUUCCUGACUGUCAUGUCACCUUUUCUGACCGUCAUGGUUACCUUCCUGACCGUCAUGGCCACCUUUUCCUGACCGUCAUGGCCACCUUCCUGACUGUCAUGGCCACCUUCCUGACCGUCAUGGCCACCUUCCUGACUGUCAUGGCCACCUUACUGACUGUCAUGGCCACCUUCCUGACUGUCUUCCUCAUACUCCUGAUCGCCGCCAUUGUUCUUCCUCUCCUCCUGGCUCUUACAGCUCUGGUUCUCUUUGGUUCUCCCACAGGUCCCAGGACGAGGCGCAUCAAGAAGAGAGAUAAGAAGGACGAGAAGCGGCCCAGGACGGCCUUCACCUCUGACCAGCUGGCCAGACUCAAGAAGGAGUUCCAGGAGAAUAGGUACCUGACGGAGAAGCGGCGGCAGGACCUGGCCAGGGAUCUCGGACUCAACGAAAGCCAGAUCAAGAUUUGGUUCCAGAACAAACGCGCCAAGAUAAAAAAGCAGGCGAAGGGUCAAGCCAACCCGCUGGCACUGCAGCUGAUGGCUCAAGGCCUCUACAACCACUCCACCAUACCCAUCCGUGAGGAGGACGAGGACAAACUCCUUCCUCCUGUAUGAUCCUCGCUCUACGGCGGCGGUGGCGGCGACCCCCUCCACCACCACCACCACCAGGAUCGCUGACGCUCCUGUGUCACCUCUGAGUAGUCCCCUUCCGUGGGAUCUCCUCGCUUUACGGAGGCGGCGACGAGACCUUCCACCCCUAACACUACCAUAACUACCACCACUACAAUUGCUGACGCAAGAACUACACUUCAUGUUAUUACUCUCCUGGCGAGGCGAUCACCACGCCCAUAACCUCCUCCGCCAAGUCGCCUUCCGUAAUAGGAUCUUCGUUCUACGGAGGCAUCAGCGAGCACCACCACAACUACCACUGUGACCGCUGACCCCCACCACCUCCAGACAGUCGCUUACGAUACGUGAAGAACACAUCAACCAGCUCAAGAGGCGAGGGUAAAGCCUCUAAUUCAAGAACAAAUAAACGAAUCAUCGCGCUUGGAUCUUACAAAUACAAACUAUUUUAUAUCCAAGAAAAGGACGAUUCGACCCUAUCAACUCACACCAUCCAUCGCUAGGGAAAACAACACUCGGCAGCCCGGACCUCCCAUUAUUGUGUUGUUUCCUUUUCAACAUGGAGAACACAAACUUGGGUCUGCUCAAUCAUCCAGGUGGACACUGGACUAUGGAUGAUAUAAUGGACGACGAGACGUGAACAGUGGUACACGUCUCUCAUCAUCCACGGGUAUCAUACACCCCCUUACGACCCCUCACUCUCCUCCACGUACCCCCCUCACUACCCUUUACUCUUCUCCACUGACCCUUCCCCACUACC